AUCUCAAGCUAGAUUGGUACUGGGAGAGUGGGAUACUGCGUCAGCACGUCUCGGCGUGAGGCUGUUAUUCCGGCAGUGCUGUAACAGCUUCCGGCGGGAUCUGGGUGUUAACACUUUACCUCAGAAGUCGUGUUGCGCUCGAAGGCAAACGCAUUCCGGAGGGGUCCCGAGGAAUUCUGUGUUUGCUGCUGUAACCUCUUCAGCCCGCCAAGAUGGCGAUGCAAGCGGCCAAGAGGGCGAACAUUCGACUUCCACCUGAAGUAAAUCGGAUUUUAUAUAUAAGAAAUUUACCAUACAAAAUCACAGCUGAAGAAAUGUAUGAUAUAUUUGGGAAAUAUGGACCUAUUCGUCAAAUCAGAGUGGGGAAUACACCUGAGACCAGAGGAACAGCCUAUGUGGUCUAUGAAGAUAUUUUUGAUGCCAAGAAUGCAUGUGACCACCUAUCAGGAUUCAAUGUUUGUAACAGAUACCUCGUGGUUUUAUACUAUAAUGCUAACAGGGCAUUUCAGAAAAUGGACACCAAAAAGAAGGAGGAACAGUUGAAGCUUCUCAAGGAAAAAUAUGGCAUCAAUACAGAUCCACCAAAAUAAGUGUUAUCUGCAUUUUCACUUUGGACUAAAACCUUUUUUUUUUUCCUUUUAAUUCUGAUUAUUGUGAUUUCUCAUUUGAGAUUCAAAAUUAUUUGCUUGAAACUUUGAUAUAUACUAGAAUACAUUUAUAAACUUGAAGUGUUUUGUAAAACAUGUCAUUGUUUCCUUUUGAACUUUUCCCUUCUGUUUGAUAUCAGGAAAAAACUAAAAAGUUGACGUAGAGGAAAGAUUGUGCAUGGGCCUAUGGACUCUUUUUUAGUUUCUUAAGAGCAGGGACCUUUUUAUAUUAUUAGUGCUUACAGUGUCCAAUCUAGUGAUUAGUCAUUAAAAGAAUUUGUUGUAAUCUUGUCAUUUAUUGAAAGUCUAUUGAUAAUGAACUCUUCAUUACAACAGUCCAUAUAGGCAUCAGCAUGUUUCUGGUGAAGAAACCAAAGUUCAUCAUCAUGCUGGUUGGAUGAGUAAUAUGCUUUCAUAAAAAGCCAGUAUAACAGCAACCAGUUAUUAAUCAGGACUACACAUUUGAAUAAUACUUGCUUUACAGAUAACCAAACACCUUUGACAGUAUGGAUACCCUUGUCCCUAGCAUAGAGGUCUCUCAUAGCAGUGGCUUUUUAGGUGACCGCACAUUGUUAGAAAUUUGAGAGCAAGAAGCCUAGGACAUGGUGAUGUUACAUGUCUGAGAUUGUAUUUAAGUAGCUUUUCAUUUUAGUUAUUAAGAAUUUGUAUAUAUUUGGGGUCUUAUCUCACAGUAUAUCUUUGCUGUAAAUAAAUUUUUCAUGUUUCUUUUUAUGAGUUCCUA